AUGCUGACAUUUCAUAAUUAACACAGGAGUGUAUAACAUUCAGUGUAAUAAAAAGAUAGGACGUACAUAACAUUAAAAUAUUUAUCUUUUUUUUAAAUGGCGGAUAAUUUUGGAAUUCAUCGUGGUACACCAACUCCACAAGCUUCGAGCUCAUCACGGAUUCAAACAACUAAUCCAACCUCAUCAACAUCAUCGACAGUAACAAGAACUAGUGGCGGAACUUCAGCAAUUCAAGAUGAUCGCACACAAGGACAAAUUCUAAGCGAUUUUCUUCACCAGUUAGAAGAUUACACGCCAACAAUUCCAGAUGCAGUUACGGCUUAUUUCUGUCAAACAGCCGGUUUUGAAGCAUCUGAUCCACGUAUUGUUCGUUUAAUAUCAGUUGCAGCGCAAAAGUUUGUUUCAGAUGUUGCGAAUGACGCUCUUCAACAUUGUAAGACAAGAACAAGUAAUGCUGGUUCACAUGGUUCAAAAAAUCAAAAAACACAAAACAAUAAAGAUCGCAAGUACACACUAACAAUGGAAGACUUAGCUCCGGCUCUGAGUGAUUAUGGAAUCACUGUUCGUAAAGCACAUUACUUCGUCUAAAUAGUUUCAAAGUUACUCAUAUAAAAAAAUUGACUAUCUAGUCAGUCGUUUAUUUUGAGUUAUGUGAGAGUUAUGAAAAUAAUGAGACGAUUAAAGUUUUCAAAAUAGCUAGUACGAAAAGCAUCUCAAAUCGAAUAAAUUCGACUGACAUGAUUGGAAUCCAUUUAAAGAUUGAUUUACAACUACCAUGAUAAUUUAUUAAUUAAAAAAUGUGUAGAUGAAAAAAAAUGUACGUUUUAUUUAUGUUUUAUGGUUUCCAUAUUUUAUUCACCGCUAAGCGUAAAUUAAUAAAAUAUUUUUUUUUUUGCCUAUAAAAAUAGUGUUUGAUGAUUUUACCUGUAGAUUUGUUAAGCGUCACAUAAAAUUAAAAUAAAGUAAUAUUCGGACCUGGAAUU